CCGCAAACACACACCUGACCGCUUUGACACUGCGCCCCCGUGGAAGCGGCGAGACGACGCCACGGUGCCUGAGGCUCACGCGCCACCGAACGGUGAGAGUGAGCGGGUUUCCCCCCCCCCCGCGCGCCGCGCGCCGCGCACUGAUACCAGUAGACAUGGUGGACACCCAGCAGCUCCUGGCCUGGCCCGUCGGAUUCAGCCUGAACGCCGUGGAGCUGUCAGAGCUGGCCGACGGCUCCCACUCGCUCGACAUGAAGCAUUUGUCCACAUUAGACUACGCCUCCAACUCCUCCCCCUCCAUCCCGUCCUCCCUGUCUCCCCCGCUUGCGUCGUCCAUCUCCUCCGCCGGUGUGGCCUACGACCCCAGUCCCUGUCAGAGCGAGGAACAACUGACCAACAUGGACUACACAAACAUGCACUGCUACAGAAUGGAGCCCGACACGCACAAUUUGAUCAAGCUGGAGCCGGAGUCGCCUCCUCAGUACUCUGACAAUCACGUGUUCUCCAAGCUCCAGGACGACGCGGCGCCCGCGGCGCUAAACAUCGAGUGCCGCGUGUGUGGAGACAAAGCUUCAGGCUUUCACUACGGCGUCCAUGCCUGUGAGGGCUGUAAGGGCUUCUUCAGACGGACAAUCAGGUUAAAGUUGGUGUACGAUCACUGUGAUCUGCACUGUCGCAUUCACAAGAAGUCCCGCAACAAAUGCCAAUACUGCCGCUUCCAGAAGUGCCUCAACGUCGGCAUGUCACACAACGCCAUUCGUUUUGGCCGAAUGCCCCAGGCCGAGAAGGAGAAACUGCUGGCUGAGUUCUCUUCGGACGUGGUCCACAUGCACCCGGAGGCAGCGGAUCUGAGGGCUCUGUCCCGGCAUCUGUAUGAGGCCUAUCUGAAAAACUUUCCCCUCACCAAGGUCAAGGCCAGGGCCAUCCUCUCUGGGAAGACCGGAGACAACGUGCCUUUUGUCAUCCAUGACAUGAAGUCUCUGAUGGAAGGAGAGCAGUUUAUUAAUUGUAAGCAGAUACCCAUCCAGGAGCAACAUCAGCAGCAACACUCAUCCGCCCUCACAGCAGGACUUGAAGGAAUCAUAGGAGCUUACCAGGGUCCGGAGUACGGCUUUCUGGGAAUGGGAAUGAACAUGAGCGCGCAGCCUCCGUCGGACGCUUUGGAGCUGCGUUUCUUCCACAGCUGUCAAUCACGUUCAGCCGAAGCGGUGAGGGAAGUGACAGAGUUCGCCAAGAGUAUCCCAGGGUUCAUCGAGCUCGAUCUCAAUGACCAGGUGACUUUGCUGAAGUAUGGUGUGAUCGAGGUCCUAAUUAUCAUGAUGGCGCCUCUGAUGAACAAAGACGGGACCCUUAUCUCCUACGGACAGAUCUUUAUGACGCGGGAGUUCCUCAAGAGCCUCAGGAAGCCUUUCAGUCAAAUGAUGGAACCAAAGUUUGAGUUCUCAGUCAAAUUCAACACACUUGAGCUGGACGACAGUGACAUGGCUCUGUUCCUUGCUGUCAUUAUCCUCAGCGGGGACCGCCCGGGCCUGCUGAACGUGAAGCCCAUCGAGCAGCUCCAGGAGACGGUGCUUCAUUCGCUGGAGCUACAGCUCAAGCUAAACCACCCAGACUGUCUGCAGCUGUUCGCCAAGCUGCUCCAGAAAAUGACCGACCUGCGUCAGAUGGUGACCGACCACGUCCACCUCAUCCAGCUGCUGAAGCAGACAGAGGUGGACAUGUGCCUACACCCGCUGCUGCAGGAGAUCAUAAAGGACUUGUAUUAGAUUUCAACGGGGAGAAAAGGACAAGUUGAGAAAGUGGAAUGAGAAAGAGGAUUAAGAUAUUUCAUCACCGAAGCGAUAACUUGUGAAAUCCUAAUGAUAAAGUACUUUGUGCUGCUGGUGUGUUGAAAUAAAGAGAUGUAGCCAGACAGGCUGACUGAAAUUGAGAAAGAGAUGAGGAAGAACAGCAAAAGAGAAAUCAAGGACAGAAAGAGAGAAUCUGAGUGUUCCAUCUUGUCUAGACAGCGGCAAUUGAACAACACGGCUGAGCAGCCCGGACACCUCGGCUGCUGACUACGAAACCACCACUAAUCACGACCAGCGUCUGUGACUACCUGAAAGAGUCGGGACUUACUUCGUGGCAGAAAGAAGCUUAGAAUGGCAGCGGGCUCAACACACCCUUUCAGGAGAAAUCACUGUGAAAUAACUUUACACCAAUGUGUUACACGGUCGCGUAUGCUCUGUUCACGUGCAGCUUUUCUACAUGUUGCGUUACAACCGUCAUAGGCAGCAACGGUGUGUGUAUGUACUUCAAAACCUCUGUGAACACACACACACACACACAGAG